AUGCAGGAAUACAAGGGAUAUGGGCACUUCAAAUUGGAAAGGCAUGCUCUAAACUUGCUUAUUGCUGGACCGGCUUUGUGGGUGCUCGGAUCCAUACACAACUCAUGCCAGAUAUAUGAGAGAGCUGAUGGGCAUGUACAAAUCUUGCAACAGAGCGUCCACAUCCCAUUUUUAAUGGGAAGUUUGCUAUUCUUGGUUGGUUCCAUUCUCAAUAUUCAUGAGCAAGCAGGACGGGGCUAUCAUGGACUGAAGCUAUUGGGCAAGACUUGGGUCUGGACAGGCAUCUGUGGAAGUCUAAUGAUUUUUAUAGGGGGAUUAGCAAACGCAGUCAAGGUGUUCAAGAUGCAGCAAAUUGAUGGACUACGGUUAGAGAAAUUGAGAGGAGGGGCUCAAGAGCGUUUG